UGAUUUUAUUAUUAUGUGAUUUGAUUAACAAGCUAUGAUUAAUUAUUURUUGUUAUUUUAUAUCUUAUUUAAUACAUGUAUUGUGUUUUUGCUUAGAACUGCUCUUCACCUUGCUUCAGCYAUGGGCAAUGAUGAGAUGUGUCGCUUCCUCCUUGCUAACAAAGCAAAGACAAACCUUUGUGACAACAAUGGCAGAACCCCAUUAAUGAAGGCUGUUGAAGCCCAGUCACACAGUUGCACAGAAAUUCUUCUUGAAAAUGGAGCUGAUGCAAAUGUUGUUGACAUGAUGAACAGCACGUCAAUGCAUUUGGCWUCAGCUAAUGGUGAAAUUGAAAUUGCUGUCCUGUUGAUUGGAAAAGGWGCUAAAGUCAGUGAGCAGGAUAAGGAGGGUUUUACUCCAUUGCAUGUAGCCUCAUCCCUUGGGUACCAAGGAUUUGUGGGGUUUCUCAUGCAUGAAGGAGCUUCUAUUGAUGCUGUUGAUGCGCAUGGAAGGACGUCUUUGAUGACAGCUGCAAGUGAAGGCCAUAUUAGUAUUGUGAAGUUACUAUUACAGAACAAUGCAAACACUGAGUUAAGAGAUAGCCAAGGUUGGAAGGCCUCAGACCACGCUAUWAUUCAAGGACACCAUAGUUGCUCAAAUAUCAUAGAAGAGYACGAAGAAAAACUCGAAGCUCAGCAAAGACCAACGCCAUCAUCAAAGACAGGCCGUAAGAUUAACAAUAAUAAUGAUAUAUCGGGUUUAAUCGGAACUGAUGAACUGGAGUUUAGCUUUGGUGGCCCAGCUAAAGACAUUGGUGCAGAAAGUGCGUCAGAAAGGGAACACGACUCAGCUAGCCAUAACUCCCACGACGAAAAUUCUUGGAAUUCUUCUGUUGAUGAGGACGUAUCUGAAGUUAGUAAAAAGCAAGCCAAGCCAAGCCUUCUUGCWGCCCUUAAGCCGGUAACUCGUACAGGAUCAGAUGUAUCAGCUCACAGUCACAGAUCUGCAAGCCGCAUCCCAGUCAGAAAAGAUAGCAUAAAUUCCAACACCAGCCAAGUCAGCAAACAGACGACACCUGAAAAGCCUGCUUCGCGAAUACCAAUUCCCGCCACCACAGGAAGCCCAAUKCUACCUAAGAAGCAAAACAAUGCCCCAGUCUCAACUCAGUCGACCCCAACAAACAGCACACCGGGRACACCCACUAAAGUAGCACAGACACCCACAAAGUCCACGCCCUCACUAGGUACUCCGAAAAUGGAUAGAGCGAAUGGGCUUCAUGUUCGCGGCGAUGUCUCGCCAUCAAGACUGUCAGGUGAUGGUAAGCAGUCGUUGCCAUGGGAAUCUAUUCAAGUGCCUUCUGAUGACGAAUCACAGAUUUCAGAGUCCGAUGCCUCUGAGAAAGUUGCGGCUUUAUUAGAGGAAAAGGGACCUAUGGCAGCCAAGGAAUCGAAGAAUUCUAAAAGUGGUAUAUUUUUGACAGAGCCGAUGGAUAAAACAGACGAUAAAGAAAGUGAUCUGAACGUCACUUUCAGCGAUGACAAUGACGAGGACAAUUCUUCUGUGGGACUACCAAUCGACGACGAUUUUGAUAUUGUGGGAAAAGAUACAAAGAAAAAAGAUAUAAAAUCUCCAAUGAAUGUAGAGAAACCGCAAAAUGAUAAGGAAGAAAAAAAGAAAGACGAAGGUGUGCCCAAGCUGGAAUUGGGGAGCCCAGUGAGUUCCGUCUCUGAACCAGACCUGAGUGAUGUGCCAAGAAAGAAUGCUAAGAAAACUAAAGACACUGGAGAUAUCAGUAUAUCAGAAGACUCAGAAUGGGACACAUCAGACGAUGAUAUCCUUCCUUCUGACGACCCAGGGACUACUGGAGGAAGCAGCCUAUUUGGUGGAAGUGCAAGGYUAACGCCUCUAGGUAAAAAUAAAGAAAAACAAGCAUCGAAAGUUGGRCUGCCGUCGAAGGAAGAGAGCGACUCUGAAGCUACAGARACUGAGAGUGAGUGGGAACGAGAGAAUGCYAMMAAAAAGAAASUGACAAAMCUUUCCAAAGACGACGAAAAGGCCAAAGAACAAGCAAGGUUGAAGCARUGGGAAGAAGAACAAGCRGCUCGAGAAGAGGCUCUGGCUUUGGAAAUGCAAAAAGAACUCGAAAUGGAAAUGGAAAUGGAAAGGCUGGAAAGAGAAUCAGACGAGAAAAGAAAACUCCAAGAACAACAAGAGGAAAGAGAAGACAGAGAAAGACGAGAUGAAGAAUUAAGGUUGUUACAAGAAGAAAGGGAUAGAAUAAGAAAAAGUGAAGAAGAAAAACUUGAAAGGGAAAAAGAAGAACGUGCUCGRGUCGAAGAAGCGUURCGAUCAUUAGAAAUCGAGAAAGAGCAAGAAAGACUACGAAUUGAACGCGAGAAAGAAGAAGAACUYGAAAGACAGAUGAGAUUGAAAGAAGAAGAAAUGWUGAGGUUGAAGAAGGAAAGGGAUGAUGAGAGGCAACGAUUGGAAGAAGAAGAGAGAAGACUACGACUUCAAAAYGAACAAGAACUACAGCGUAUUCAACUGGAGAGAGAGGAAGAACUCGAACGACAAAUGAAAGCAAAAGARCAUCAGAUGGAAAUGCAGAAACGARCUUACGAAGAACGACUUGAACGUGAAAGGAAAUUCCUUGAGGACAGAGAAGCKGARGAAGCAAGAAGACGCAAAGAAGAGGCYCUYCGAAAUGAGGAAAUUGAAAGACAACGACAACAAGAGCUUUUGGACAGACAAAGAAAGAUCAAAGAGGAGGAAGACAACUUGUUAGAAGCUUACCGCAAAAAGCAAGAAGAACUGCUUGAACAGGAGCGAAGAUUUGAGGAAGAAAUGGCGAGGCGAGAACGAGAGCUCGAAGAAAAGAUGAGAACAAAAGAGCUGGAACGACAGCCAGUUAUGGAAGAACCGUUAUUUGCUGUUCACAAACAAGACGUCCAUGCUUCGGAAUUGAACGAUCUCGGUUCUUUCAAGAAGUCACACGAGGAAAGUCUAGCCCAAGAGAAAGUAGACUUAGCAAACUCCAUUCGAAAACGCGAAGAAGAGUCGCGCAGAGAAAAAGAAGCGAUACGAACCCUUCAAGAGAGCCAAGAAGACUUGAAACAGCGACAUGACAAUCUCAAAUCAAAGAGUCUUCAAGAUUUGACAACGGAAGCAGAAGAAGAAGAGAUGCAAAAAUUGGCGGAGUCCAUUCGAUGGAAAAAAGCUGAGCAAGAAAUGCUUGAAGARCAGCAAAAGGCACACCAAGAUCUUGCUGACCAGCAUGCUUUGGAAGUUAAGAUCGAGAUGGAAAAGCGUCAGCUUCAAGAUUUAGAAACUAGAAAAGAGAUCCUAGACCGACAAGUUGGUGCAAAACUGACUGAAUUGGCCAACAGAAAAAGACGAGACGAGCUCGAGGAGAAAUCUCGACAGCUUAUGCAAGAGAGAGAAGCGUUAAAUGCGUCGUUUGAGGCUGCUAAACGAAGAAGUGCCAUGUUGGAGUUUGAAUCCACACCUGAGAAUUUGAGCUACGAGGACGGUGAUGGCAAUACGAGUAAAAAUUACGCCGACAAAGAAAAAGGUUCACCAACAAAGGUACGCUCUCAGUCUUUUUACACCCUUAAGUGUGGUUCUCUGUGGUUUAACUUCAACAUAUGCAAUACUACUAUAAUGUUUGAAACCCRUUUCCUUCACAAAAUUGUUCUAAACAAUUGUAUUUUUCCAACACMCCAGSCUCUCUCGAACGGCUAUGUCGAKGAUGUGGACUGGUCUGAGUCAUCAGAAGAAGGUAACCAGCCCUUCAGUCCWGCAACYGCACAGAUACUAAGYAGCAGUAUGCCUCGUUUCCAGUCCACAACAAAAGCAGAYGGUCAGRUKGAGUCUCCGAUAACGCAGAGCAUAUCACCGAUCGCCAAAAGUGCACCGGCAUUGUCCAGUUCGUUUACAUUGCCACCGCAAGAUGCCCAGAGCACUAGUCGACUGCAAGAGUCUCUUCGCGAAGCAAAAAGGCAGAUUGAUAAGCUUAAAGAACGAAACGUAGCUUUGGAAWCGAGUAGAAAACACCUCGAAAAAGACUUAGCUGAAGUUCAAGGGAAACUACAAACUGUGUUAAAGAAUAAAGCAGACGUCGAGCACUCCCGACUUCAAACCGAAUCAGAUAUCCGUAGUCUUCGUUACAAGUACGAACAAGAAAACGAAGCCCGAAGAGUUGCCGAGUCGUUAUUGACGCAGCUUAAAGAGCAAAUUAAAAGAUCGGACGAAAAGCUUGCCAAAGAGAUGGAAUGCAGACAAAAGCUGGAAGCAGAAAUGCGUCAUCUCCAAAAAGACAAGAAAAACCAUCUGCAGACACUAAGCCAUCAGGAAACAGACUUGACUGAACUACAAAAGGCUCUCUCUGAGGAACAAGAGGCGCGAUUGCGCAUGACAGAAAUGUAUAAUGACGYCAAGAAGCAGAUGUCUGUGUUAUUGGAGGAAGCUCGAACUACAACCCAAGAAAAGGCAGUGGUUAUGGCUGAACUAGAAGCAGUCGAUCAGACGAGAAAAACACAUGAAGCUAAUAGCGGAUCUUUAAGAGAUCAACUUAUGAGUGCCCAGACUGAAUUGGCUGAGACUAAAGCUCGUCUGGAAGGCACAGUUUUAGCAAACAACAAAGAAUUAGCCAUGUUUAAGGAAAAACUUCAGAAAAAGACUGAAAAAUUGGCCAAAGCGGAUGAACUGAUAUCAGAUCUACGAGCAAGCAACGAAUCCCAGCAAGCCAACACCUCGAAAGAACAAGCUAAUCUCAAUAACAAGCUUGAGAGUGAGAUCCAGGAAAGAAAACGAAUGGAAUCAGAGAUCGCUUCGUUGAAAAUAAGACUUGAAAAUGCCAACAACGAAUUGGAUAAGGCUUCGUCUGCGAGAAGCCAAGCAGAAAAUACGACCCAUAAUCUGAAAGACGAACUUUACCAGGCUAAACUACAGCUAGAAAAAGACAUUGCAUCGCUAAGGGAGUCAAAUCAGACACUCAGCAGCAAACUGGAACAAGCAGAACAUAAAGCKAGCAGUUUGGAUCAAGAGCUCCAGCUUUCUACCCUCACUAUGACAGAGAAGGGAGGUCAUUUGAAUCUUGCACAGCGUGAAGUUGAACACAUCAAAGCCACCUUACAAAGAACUGAGGAGAAAUUAGGCAUUGAAAAGGGCCAGAACGCGAAAUUAUCCACGAAAUUAGAAGCUACUGAAAACAAGCUACUAACUUUAAUGGGUGAAGCUGAUUCGUUAAAAAGACAAUUGGAAAUCGCUAAUGAUAAAAUAAGGAAGUUAGAAGAGACUGCUGUCCGUUCAGAGGCAAAAUAUCACUCUACCAUCGAAGCAUUAAGAUUAGAUCUCGAAAAGAAUAAGGAGCUAAUGGCAGAUAACAAGAAUAGUCUCGCUGAAAGYAUGAAAUUACUAAAAGAAGACUCCAAUAAGAUCAGUGAAAACAAUAUAAGACGGGAAGAGGAAAUUAAGAAACUGAACCAGGAACUAACUACCACGACACGUAAGCUUGCACAGUCWGAAACAGCACUAGAAAUGCAAACCAAGGCACGAGAGGAACUAGAGAAUGAACGGCUUAGACUGCGUGAAGAGUUACGUGUCUUCGAGGCAAAGCUACURGUUACAGCAGACAGUAAAGAGGAGUUUGCAGGCCGUGCUAAUAGACUAGAGGAAAAGCUAGGACAGAGCAUGCGCGCAAGUGAUGAUGCCGCUGCCAGGUUGGCAUCAAGRAGUGUAGAUCUUGAAUCUGUGACGCGUUCUCUUUCUCAACUUGAAACCUUAGUAAACCGACUUAAACUUGAAAAGUCACAACUGGCGUCGGCCCUGAAAGACGAGCAAAUCAAAGGGGAACUACUYCUGAAGGAAAUCAGAGAUGCUAAUGAGGCGAGACAAAGUCUAGAGGCACUGUUGACAAAUGUGAAAGCCGAAAACAUACAAUUAGAAGAGAAAAUACAGAGUGAGGAGUUAAAUCGCACCAUAAGUGGAAAGGAAGCUGCGGAAGCCAAGGAAUUAUGGGAGUCUGARUUAAGAGCRAGAACAAAACUAGGAACUAAGAUUGUUAAUGCAGAGAAGAAGUUAGCAGAAGCGCAAGCAUCGCUUGAAGAGGAGCGAAGAAAAACUCGAAAAGUYCUUGAGAUGAAGAAAGCUGUCGAAGCAAAACUCGAAGCUCAAGAUGAUAGAUCUGCUCAUCAUCAUAAAGACAUUCUCGCCUUAAAGUCACAGCUUAAAUCUUAUAAACGAAGAUUAAAGGAGUAUGAAACCUCCGAAGGGCGUAUCCCAAGUAUACGAAGUGAGUUUGAUAAAGAAAGAGCGGCCAAUGAAUCUCACAUUGCAAGUCUUAGACGACAGAUCGAUAAUCUUACGGAUAAACUUCGACAAGAAAUGGAAGCACGAACUCGACUCGAGCUAAGCAAUAAGCAACAGCAACAAGAAUUAUCAGCUGCUAAGUCAAACGAAAAGGAAAUGGCCUUUGAACAAGAGAGACUUGAAAGAGCRAAUAAACAACUAGAAGAAGAAAUACAACGAACUACGGCCUAUUACGAAGAGAACUACGUCGAGAAAGGGCAGCUCGAUGCCUUUAGAAAGGAACUAGAGACAAAGUCUCGCUUUGAAAUCAAUCGCAAGCUCGAGGAGGUCAAUCAACACCUUGCUGAGGAGGCUUCUGCACGAGAAAAACUCGAUAGAAUGAGGGAACAGAACGUAGCAAAGACGAGGGCUGAGAUGGARCAAAUGAUAGCUGACCUUAAGAAUGAAUUAUCACGUAGUCGUUCAAACUUACAUGAACAUGAAACACACAGAGACACUAUAUCAGCAGAAGCGAAACGUUAUAAGGAGCUUUACGAAAAUGAGUUGAAUGUCAAGAAUAAACUAACAAGUAAACUAGCGAAAGCAAAUGAGAAAGUAGCGGAAUCAAAGGCGAUGUUGAAUUUGGAGAGGUCGCGUAGACUACAGACUGCAGAUCGCGAUUCUGGAUUCGUUACAAGCCCUAAAUAUUCACCUGAUCCUUUAGGUAGUUUUAUAAGCAGAUCACCUAGAAGUCCUGGGAGAUACGGACACGAUGAUGAUCAACUGAUGAAAGCAGUAGAAAAUGAAUUAAACAAGAGUAUCAAACGACAUUUAGAAACAGGACCCGUUACCACUGAUUUGGAUCUAAGACCAUCACCGCUGAACAUUAGUGACACGGAYACGGGCUCAUAUCCACCUCUCACGCAUGCGUCUAAGGAAUAUAUGUCCCUUCUUCAAAAGAAAUACUUUGUAUGAUAAUGAUUAUYGACUUAUUUUAAAAUUUAUUGCAAUCAUUUGAGUGCUAGGUAUAUUUUUCCAAUGAAAAUGUUUAUUUAGGUCUUUUUUCUAAUAACAAGAGUGCUUUUAACAUGUAUUAUUAUUAUCAUUAUUAAUAUUAUUAUAAAUAUUGUUGCAUACGUUGUUAACUUUGAGUAACAUCAUUUUAUAUCGUCCAAAGUAGGAAUUGCCUUGAAUUAAUGAUUACAAUUUGUUUUUUGUGGAAAAUUUUUGCUACUCUUCCAAGCCCAUUUCASUUGCUUGUCUGGUAGGCAUGUAUAUUUGUACAKAAACRCUUCCAAUUUUGUUUAAAAAUUCAAUKUCAACAUUUCCAAAUGAAGAGUUAUUAUAUUUUAAGCAUUUGCUAAUUAAAAAAAUGUUAUCUUA